AAGCCGGAAUGCUAACUUAGCCUAGCAUCAGUAUAGCACAUCUCGGCUCCCCUCCCCCCAAAGCCGAGCUGAAGGGAGGCGUCAGGGUUACUGUUAAGACUCAUUAUACGCAAUAGCAUGUUUCUUAGCUCACAUUCAAUCGCCAUGUCCAGUAACAUCAGGGUGGGAUAUUGCUAUAUUGACAUAUUAAAAGGUUGUAGUGUGAGACUUGAGUGAGUCGUCAUUAAGGCACAUCUGGCAAACUUACGGAGUCAAAACAUAAGGCCUUUCAGCCCAACAUGUCGGCCUUUUUCUGUUCCCACGUCGCCAUUUUCAGCCUCUUACAUUUCCAUCAACAGAACACUAUACCUCCAUACUACUCAGGACUGACAACAACACCCACUCUAGAUGUGCGUAUUAGUUAACAGCCUCUCUUUCACACAGCUACGAUCGUUUAAAUGGACCUUUGUACGUUGAUAUCCGCAGAGUUUGAGUAAACCAGGCUGAAGGUGAGAGGCUUUAUGGUCUCCUGUUGGAAGCUCCAUUGUUCUAUUCUUAGCUAAUGCUAAAGUUAGCUCAACGACACGGUGGCCUGGUUGUCUGAUUAUGUCAGUAAACAUGUAAGUCUAUAAUUCCCCUGAUGCUUCUACCAUUAAAUAUACUAUUAACAAAAAAUGGAGCAACGUACCUUUUAAGUCACGUUAGACUUUGAUCACCACCGCGAAAUUCCGCCUCGAGCUGAGGUAUUCGGUAGAAUUGUACGUCGGUGGAGAGUUCAGGUCGUAUAUAUGCGGUCAGUAUGACGUCAUUCUUGCGUGAACCACUCCCUCGUUGGUUCUUUCCCCGAGCGGGCUUUCGGUAUAGCCAAUAGUUAAACGGGUUGGCAACUACGUUGUUAAUAUUGUCCCCUUUUAUCCCUCUUAUAAAUAUAUAAAUACAAGAAAAAAGAAAUAAUUCACGCCUACAUGGCUGCUGGGUCGAUAAAAAACUUUUUUAAAAUAUCUUAUUUAAAAGCUAGGAAUGUCAUUCACUCAGGUAGACAUGAUAUUGGACACUAUGUAUUCAUAUACCCACACUUGAAUACAAUUUUAUGAUGCAAUACCUAUGUGUUUCUUGAGACUAUUGCAAUGCCGCACUGUGUCCUAUGAACAACUGAUAUUUUGCUGAAUUGUCCUAUAAGACCUGUGAUUUGCACUGCCGUGCAAAUCUUAGUAGCUAACAUCAUAGAAAUAAUCAUCUCAUUAUGAUAAAGGUUUAAAAUGGACAACUAAUGAGUGUAAGAAAAAAAUCGUGGCAGUUUAUCGGAUUAAAUUAUCUUAUUUGUCUGAACCAUUGCAUUUAAUGCCAAAAAUUUUGUAAAAUACAUUUAUUUACUUCAUUAUUGCAUAUUUUAUAAUAGUUCUGAAUCAAUUUUGUAGAAUUGUGUGGACUGGAGUCUGUUAUCUUUUUUAUGAUUGAAAAAUAGUAAAGGUGAUUUGUCCUGAUCUACACCACAGGAAAAUGUUAAUGGAAAUGAAACACGUACCUAAACAUAUAUGGAAUGAAAUCCUCUCUAAAUUUGAAAUCCUCUCUAAAUUGACUGAAAAGUAGAAAACUCAUCUCGGCUUCUAAGAAAAACAGAGUCUGUCAAUCUCCUUUUUUGAUAACCUUGAAUGAUAUGUACUUGGCUCUACAUUGUACAUUUUGUACAAUAUCUAUCCUGGUAUUUGAUAACGUUUUUGAAAAAAAAAAAGGUGGAAGCUGAAUGUGUCACCUUUGUAAUAUAUACUGUGCAUGAAGAAAUAACGUGAACAUACCACUAUAGUCGAAAUUAUUUGUAAUACACCAUAUCCCAUAGUUCAGUUCUUCUCUCGUUGUCCCUUUCCUACUACUUCCUCCUGUCUUGCGCAGGCGCACACUAUAGUAGAAUGCGGAUUUCGAAGCUAAUAAGAAUAGGUAGCUAGUAAGCUAAAAACAACGUUGAGGUUGAAAGGCUUUAAACUUAUAAAAUGUCCAAAUCUCAUCCACAACCCCCGUUAUCUUCGGCAGCGACGACAACCGGAGGGCCCUCUUCGUCCUCCUCAUCCUCGCCCGCUGGGGGCUCGACAUCUCCCGCAACCGUGUUGAACGUGCAGCCCGAGAAACCUCAACAUUACACGUACGUAGCUAGUUAGCUGGAUUAGCUUCAGGUGUACACAACCUCACGUGAAGCUAUUUUUAUCAAUGACGAGCUCGAUAAUAUUUGAAGAAUAAUUAUUGGUAAAUACCUAAGAUUUCUAGAGGCGGAUCAAAGUAAGAAAUAACAGUCUAGAACAGUUUGAUAACGUGAUUUUGUUCUCACAAAGAGGCCCGACUUUACUAAACUGAGCCGUUUUAUAAUGCUUACUGUAUGUACAUUAUGAGUAAAUGUCUUACUGCCACCAAAACUCAGGGGCAUUCACGACCCUGGAGGGACCUUGAUAUGAGCAGCAUCUGAUUUGGCUGGUAUGAGGAUGUUAAAGAAAAGUUGUGACCUCUCAAACACUCCUCAGAUCCAGCAGAUCGGGAGUAGAUCUUGCAGCAGACUCCGAAAUACUCAGUCCUAAGUUGAUAAACUGGAUUUAUUUAUGCAAAUAUAGGGUAAUUUAACUACUUUUUCUGUCUAGACAACAUUGGACUAAAGUUAAUUCUUGUACUUUAUUGACCUGGGUUAAAUAAUGACUGACGGUGUGAAAAUAUAAAUUUAUUUGCUUUUGGACAGGACAAAAGGCAGUGAAACCACUCUUUCCUGCAUUUUGACAAAUAGUACAAAGGUCCCACAAUUAUGAAACUGUGUCAAAGAAGUCUGUACACUAUACAGAAUAAAUUAAACCAGGUCUGGUAAGUCCAUGUACUAGAGUUUGUUGACCUGGUCCAUUUAGUUCAGUCAAAAAAAAAACAAAAAAAAAACCGAACAAACAAAAGCUUUGAAAUCACCGUUCUUUGCCCUUAAGUUAUAGCAUAAAGGUUUUAUGAAUCUGAAAUUACAUUUUGAAAAGAGUUGUUACGUCUCUAAGUUUAAUGUAGUCUAGAUACGAAGCGUCCAGGUAUUAUGGUUCUUGACCAGCACCGGGUCCAAAGAUGGACAAAGCAGAAGAAUUGCCCUUUUUUUGCAUGUACCGAACUGUGAUACAAAGAUUUUAUAGCCUUUCAUAUAUUGAACUAGAUCUAAAAGGGUUAAAAAUCGUGGUUUUGGAUAAGGACCCAAUCCAUAGUGGUCUUGACAGGGAAACAAAAACAAAAAACUCCCCUUUUGAAACCUUUUAAAAUAGAGUCUGUGGCCUCUCAGGGAUUACCUAGUCCAGAUCUGAGAAAUCCAUUAGCUGUGGUUUUUAAUUAAAACUUUGAUACCAUAACCUUGCCAUGGCCAUGUCACAAUUGGUGUAGAAGAUGAAUGCUUCAUGGUUUCAUGCUAAUUUGGUGGUUUUGGCUGCGGAAUAAACUUCUAGACUAACUUGAGACUUCGUCAAACACAGAUAAUCAAAUUGGAAAUAGUAUAUUGAAGUAAUAUUUCUGCCAGUAUUUCUGCCUUAAAGCCUAUUUCAUUACCAGCUGUUGUUUUUCCUCUCUUUCAGAUAUUUGAAGGAAUUCAGAACAGAGCAGUGCCCUCUGUUUGUACAGCAUAAAUGUACACAGCACAGGCCUUUUUCCUGUUUCCACUGGCACUUUCUGAACCAACGACGCCGCAGACCCAUCAGGAGACGUGAUGGGACCUUUAACUAUAGCCCAGAUGUUUACUGUACCAAAUAUGAUGAGGGAACAGGCACCUGCCCUGAUGGAGAUGAGUGAGUGUGACUGAGAGUUCAGUUUUGUACACGACUGAAGCUCCACAAUAGAACAACAUCUAUAUUCUUGAAAAAUAGAAACAUGACCAAUUGCAGUGUAACAACCUUGUUAAGAACUAAUUGGUCUUCUUAAAGGACCGGUAUAGUCUGCUGAAGUGUCUUUACAUCUCAAUGGCUUGAUUCUUUUGUUCCCUGACGACUUGUAACAUCUGGUCUGUAAAAUGUGAAAAGCUUUGACAUUCAAAUAAGGAAAUACUUAAGAUAGAUACCAGACCACCUGAAUGGUUUGUAACACCUUUUUAAAAUAUGGUCAAAGUUAGCCCAGUUGUGAAUGAGGACACACCCUGUAUGCUAUUGUAAGUCAAGAUGAACACUGUGGAAGAAUAGUGUGAGAUGAACCAUCUAUUUGAAGUGAGGAUUGACCCCUGGACACAGUCACUCUGCCUCCCUGUGGGUUUUUUUUUUUUUAAAUUAAAAUGUGUUUAGCUUGUCUUGGUGAUGUUCAAAGCAAUGCAAAUGUACAGACAGGCACAGAUUGAGGAUCAAACUGGAAGGCCUUUGGUACAGGCUACUGUUAAAAAUACCAAGUGAAUGUUUCAGAUGUUUAAACUUUACCUUAGGUUUCAAGGGGCUGCUGGUUAGCUCGCUUAUCAAAGUUCAUUCAGGAAUAACACACACAAUGUGACCAACAACCUUCAAUGGUAGUUUGGCUGCAAAAUAUUUGAUUUAUUUUUAACCAGUUUAUCAAGACAGUGUCUGUAGUUUAGAAAUAAAACCAGCACGUGGCAUGUCUGAGGCAAGUAGAGCUUACAAAAUGACUUAGUCUUUGAAAAUAGUAUAAAGAUGACACAAAUAAGAGGACUGGCUUUUUUAAAGGAAUGUUUUUUUUUUUGACUACAAAAUUUAAUUCUGAUUUUUAAACAUAAAUGCUCAUUUUAAAUUUGAUGCCAGCAUGCUUAAAAACAAUUGGGAUAUGUUGGCUUUUGAUGUUUCACCAGCUCUUCCUUUAACACCCUGUAUAUGUUUGUGAACUCAAGAGAACAGUUUCUGGAGUUUGGAAAAUGGAUUAUUGUCCCAUUCUUGCCUGAUAGAAGAUUUCACAUAUUGUAAUCCCUGUUGUCAGAAUCUGGUUUGUCAUGGUCUUGCUGAAAUAUGAAGGUCUUCACUGAAAAAGUCUUUGUCUGGAUGGCAGUAGAUGUUGCUCCUAAAUCUGUAAAUAUUGUUCAGCAUUAAUGGAGCCUUCACAGAUGUGGAAGAUACCCAUUGCAUGGACUCUUAUGAUCCCCAUACCAUCAGGGACACUGGUUUUGGACUGAGAGCUGAGAACAAACUGGAUGGUCCCUCUCCUUUGAAAGUAGAAUCCAUUUGUUAGACCACACAGCAGCUUUACCACCCAACUUCAGUCCAGCUUAAAUAGCCACAGACUCUGAGAUGUCAACAGUGUUUCAGGAUCGUGUUUCUAUGUGGUUCCUUCUUUGUAUGGUUCAGUUUUGUCCUCAUUUGUGGAUGCAGUAAUGAAAUGUGUCCCUGUUUUAAGUGAUUUUGAGCCCAUGCUGUGAUGUCCACUCCAGAGUCCUGUCUGUUUUUAAUGCAGUGCUGCCUGAUCAGGAUUACCCAGUCUUGGUUUUGCUCCUUGUCCCUUUAGUACAGAAAUUUCUCCAGAUUCUCUGAAUCUUUUAAUGAUAUUAUGUUCUGUAGAUUAAAAAUCCACUCAAAUCCACAUUUGACACUCAGGAACAUUAUUCUGAAACUGUUGAACUAUUAACUCGCUGAGUCUCUCACAGAGUGGUGAACCUGUUGAGCAUAUAUAUUUUCAUUAAGAUUUGAUUUGAAUGACUUAGUAAAUAACAUUUAUAGAAGAGGAGAAUUUGUAUUGAUCAAGAGGAAUCUUUUAAAUACAAGGAAUAUCUGAAUCUUAUUUUACAUAUGCUGUAACUACUUGUUUUGAAACACUUGUUGGUCUAAAUGUUCUGAUGAAUGUUCUGUUGUGAAUUUAUGUUUCUUUUCUAGAUGUCCGUUUCUACAUCGAACAGCAGGUGACACAGAACGAAGGUACCACCUCCGCUACUAUAAGACAGGAUCAUGUAUCCAUGAAACAGAUGCAAAAGGUCACUGCAGUAAAAAUGGCUCCCAUUGUGCCUUUGCACAUGGAUCACAUGACCUUCGCAGCCCUGUUUAUGAUAUAAGGUAGGAAAGGAGAAACCAGCUUACCUUUGACUUCAUAUUAUUCCACCUUGGUGUGUUAGUUUCUGUGAAACGUAUAAGGUCUCUUUGCAUGAUUUAUUUGUACAGGGAAGUGCAAGUCAUGGAAUCUCAGGGAGGCCCAGGAGCUACAGAGGGAGGUGGAGGAGAUGGACAGUCGGGACAGGCAGCAAGUACAGCCCUCAUAGAGAAGAUCCUCAGUGAAGAGCCGCGAUGGCAGGGUGAGUCUAAACUGCAGAACUUCAGUAGCUCUCAGGUUCUGCAUUGAGUUGCUGAUUAUCUUUUCAAUGCUUAAGUUGACAUGUCCUUGUUAGAGCUGAGAACACAGUGCAGCAAAUAUGACAAAUACUUAAAACAGGUUCUAAACUGUGGAUAGUUUUCACAGGGCCAAGCUGUUAUGAUGUUCAAGUCAUUAUUACAUGAGGAUAAAGUUGUUUCAAGAUAAAAAAAAACCAUUUUCUUUUAAGAAUAAAAUCAUGUUACAAAAAUAGAGUCGUUAAUUUAGUCAAUGAUGAGUCACUGUUUAUAAGAGGGAUCCCACAUGUCUCAUGGUAAAUGGGCCGAUGUCCACUUUGAAAUGAACACUGCAUGAUAUGUUGGUUUUUGUCUACCUGCUUCAUACAAGAAACAGUCACCAAAGUGAAAGCAAACAGAAUGCUUUACACCAUAAGGGUUUAUCUGAUAGAUACAGACUGCUGCUGCUGUGAGGGACAUAGACAGGAUAAGUCCAGAAAACUUCAGGGCCCAAAUAUCCUGAAGUUGUCUGGAAAUAGCACACUUUAAACACGUGAAAGUGUGCUGUUGUAUUUUCUGUUGUUUUGGAAAAGUUGGUCCACUUUUAAAAAGUAGUUAUUUUGCAGCUGAGGAUGCAGUCAUCUUGAUUUGUACUUCACAUUAACUCUUGAGGUCUGGCAAACACCACACUUCUGGUCCUCUGAUAGGAGGAACUUCUGUAUUUUCAUGUUUUAGUGUCCUAUCUCACAUUUUCCUCUGUGUCUUCAUCUAUGUUUGCAUCUCUAGAUAACAACUAUGUGCUGUCCCACUACAAGACAGAGCUCUGUAAGAAACCCCCACGUCUGUGCCGUCAAGGUUAUGCUUGUCCGUACUACCACAACAGCAAAGACAGAAGGCGCAGUCCACACAAACACAAAUACAGGUGCCUUGUCCCUUGUUGUAAUGUAUUUGAACUUUUGUUGUUUUCUUUGUCUUUUUUUAUACCUGGCUGUGGAUUGUCUAACAGAGUUGUUGUUGUUGAUCCCUCUGCUGCAGAGCCUUGCCAUGUCCAGCUGUGAAACAGAGUGAGGAAUGGGGGGAUCCCAGUAAAUGUGAGGGAGCAGAGGGGUGUCAGUACUGCCACACAAGAACAGAACAACAGUUCCACCCAGAGGUUUGUCUCUUUCAGCAGAGAUUAUUCACAGAUCAGAGCAGACAGCAGACCAAUAUCAGUAAUGUUUACAUGCAGAUCAUUUUCAGAUCUCUGGAGUUACCUGAUUACUACAGAAGCCAUGUAAACAUCAUUAUAUGACUCAAAAGUGUCAAACCUCAUCCAAUCAGAAUCCUUUUGCUCUGUCUUUCGUAACAUACAGCAUGAGACAAUUUAAAAUGCCCGUGUUUUUAAAUUGUUGUCCAUGCCUGCUGCGUCUUCACAUUAUUUAAGAACUACUUUUUGCCUUUUUAGAUCUUGUAUUGAACUUUCUGUCUGUUAUUUCUUUCUUAGUCAUGAAACAUUUAUUCAGACAUGUGCUGCUCACCCUUGUAAAAUAUAUCUUGACUUUAAUGCGUUAUUACCUAGUUAAAUAGAAAGACAAAUAAUCUAAUAAUCAUUCUCUGACAAACGCCACUAUUAGGUUGUAUAUAAUCAGAGAAACACGCCCAGUUUUUUGCUCAAUAAUUGAUUACAUUGAGGGCACUUGUAUAGUAUAAUCUGGUUUCUUUUGUACAACUACAUUUUGCAUGAGUAAAGCAGAAGCAGGAGCGAAAGAAGAGAAACGGCAAGCAGAGGGAGGAUGUGGAUAAAAAUAUUCUUCAUCAUCCAGAGCUAGGCACACAUGCAAUAAACCUGAAUGAUCAGCAUUUAUUUUCCAUCAGCUGUUAACAUUGAUGUUUAUUUGACUAGUGAUUAUCAAAACUUUUAAUUUCUGUUACAUUCAUUUUUCUGUUUUACGGUCACUACUUGGUACCUGGCUUCAGAGAAGCACUGCCAGCUGAUUUGCACAGAGGCAAGGAGUUUGUAUAUGUCUGCAUGAACGGCUUAGCUUUAAGACAUUAAAGGCUUACAGGUCCUGUAAGUCAAAUAAUACUGUGAAGAGCCGUUUGGGAGACUAGAGAGCCAGUUCUUGCUGAGUCAAAUAAAGUAUAACACCGAAAAGAGCCUGAAUUCCCAUCACCUGGAGUAUUUAUCCAGAGGUAGUUUUUUUUCUCUUUUUCAUUAAGUGACCAUAAACACGUGAAAUUAAAUUUUUACAAUGACCUGAGUAUUCCUAGAUAUUCCAGAGGUCUCAAUUAUUAAAUUUAAGUAACAGUGAAAUAAAUGGUGCUGAGUAGUGUUACAGGACACCCAAACAGAAAACUGCUAAUGUGCUAAUUAGCACUCUAGCUUACAGAUAGCCUUGCUUAUGGCCUCAAACAUGGCAGUCUGAAUACAAACAUUGUUGUAAAGAUUCUGUUUACAAGCAGCAAGUCCACCACAGCACUUACUAUUGCUCAUCUACACACACAGCACAGAUGUCCCCAUGAAAGAGCUCAUACGCUGUCAAUGAAAUCAAGUUGAACUGCGAGCUGCAUCAUGUAGUUUGCAUGUAUUGCCAAACCUACAACUAGGGGGGCAGUGUCCGACUCUCCAACACCAGUUAUCAGAUGAGUGUGUUCACGUAAACAGUCAAUGUGUGUUUUUGUUCAUUUCCACAGAUCUACAAAUCCACUAAGUGUAAUGACAUGCAGCAGUGUGGCAGCUGCCCUAGAGGGCCUUUUUGUGCCUUUGCUCAUGUUGAAAGUGAGUAUUCAUGUUAUAUUUCAAAAUUCUUUUCAGCUUCCACCCAAAGAUUUAAUUUACAGUUUACACAAUGAUUGUGCAUACUUCCUCCAGAGCCCUUUGUUCCAGAGGAGCCAUCAUUCCCCACACCAAGCUCCCCUCCGCCUCCACGACCUCCAGACCCUUUUCCUGCCCAGGAAGUUUCAUCAAGUCCCAGCAGACCUAGCAUGGGGCCUGGGCCUGGUUUAGGAUCUGUUUCAGUCCCUUUCUCCCCAUCCGCUGGGCCCUGUGUCGCGGAGCAGGGACUUCUGGGUAGUGUUUUAUCUCUGUGUGAAGAUGUGAGUGGAGCAGCAGAGCCUCCGUCUCCUUGGGCUGGAGAGGGAGGCUACUGUCGAGCGCCGGGGUUUGAGAGGGAGGAUCAGGUAAGAAGGCUGCCCACAUGUUGGGACAGAGACAACAAAACACCCAAAAAGUUGGCUCAUAUUUAAAAAACUAGCUGCCCAAAUAAUGUUGCUAAUUUGCAAUAUGUCAGGAAUGGGACUAGGUAUAAAAAGGUGUUUUCAAGAGGCUGAGUCUCUGAAGAGUAAAGAUGGAUAGAGAUCUGCACCCGUGUGAGAGACUGAAUAGGCAAAUAGUUCAAUAAUUUCAACAUCCCGCUGUCCAAACUGGACUCCUGAAGAAGAGCUGAUGCAGCAUAAUAGUAAACAUUUCCCUGUCCCAGCUAUUUAAAACAUCCUGUUGGAAUCGGCAGUGAAAUUAUCAUUUUUCCCCACAUAACAAUAAUAUAGUCCAGUUUUUAACCAUUUGACACGUUGUCUUUUAUUCUUGUCUGACCUGUUUUCAAUCAAAUAGUGGCUGUAAAUGGUUUACAAACCACUAAAAUCUCAUUCUUUAUUUUUUGUGAUUUCAGGCCAAACAAAGGUGUUUUGCUCUAGAGCAGCGAAACAGAGAGUUAUCAUCAACGCAAAGCAAACAGGUAAAAUGAAAACCUCCAGCAAAACAGUCUCUCUUCUCCUCUGUUGAAGUUCACUCUCAUCUGUCUUUUGUCUCUCCUUUAGGAUCUGUUAGUGUUUCUUCCUGUUGGUAGCCCAUUGAGUCUGUCCUCUAGCAUCCCCUCCAGUCUGGCUGCUACACCACCCAGUCCUGCUCCUCUUGGACCACCAGGAUCCGGUAUCACCUCAGGCAUGAAUGCUAACGCCCUGCCCUUUUACCCUACCAGUGAGACUGUAGAGUCAGUCGUUGGUGAGUUCAGAAAAAUAUUCCCAUUUCAAGCAGCUAUGACACUAAAAGACUUAGCAGCACAAAACAAAGAAUAAAAAUAUAUUGUUCUCUUUUUGUGCUGCAGAGUCAGCCUUGGAUGAUCUUGACCUGAAUGAUUUUGGAGUGUCAGCGUUGGAGAAGAGUUUAGAAAGCAGCUCUGCCCUCCCCAGUGUGGGAGUUGUUCUCGGUAUUUUGAUGACUCAAGAUUAAACACACAAAGUGCAUGCGAUUUACCACAAACACAAAUGUAGAAAAUGUACAUAAUAAAGUCAGUGCAGGUUUAAGGAAACCUUACUUUUGAUCUCCUUGCCUUUAUAGGUGGUAGCCAGUUUCAGAGCUCUGCUCCUGUCAACAUCCCAGGAUCCUUUAGCAGCUCUGCUCCCUUCAGCUCUCCUUCACCAUCCCCUCCUAUCAGGCCACAAACUUCGCCCUUCUUUUCUACUCACCUGCCUCAGCCUGGCCAAUCAGAAAGCACCUUCUUGGGACCAUCUCAUAGCUCUUUAGGUGUGUGAAAUCACAGUCAGGGUGACAAAGGUGUAAAAACAGGGCCUUACUGUCAUUAAGCAAUUCUUCUUUCCUCUUCUUUUGCAGGCCUUAACGGAAUGAGCACGAAUAUCUGGGAGCAUUUUCCCUCAGGCCAGGGCUCUCCUGGUACUCCUCCAACCCUGCUGCCCUCUGGCCCCUGUGCUGAGUCCUCCAGACUCAAACAGGAGCUUGAGGAAGCUCAUAGGACAUUGAAGCAAUGGGGCCACAGCUGGAGACACACAGCUCAGGUACAUAUAGGGUCCGAAAUUAACUUAAAUUGACUAAUGUGUUUCACUAUAUCCCUCUGACAUACUAUGGUUUGUUAUGGUAUUGUGUUGAAUUUAUAUUCAUAUUUCAUUCAUCAUUUAAUUAACCAGUCAUUUGCAUUACAUUUUAAUUCUACAUUGCACCAAUUUCCAUAAAGCACAUGAUUCUGGCAGGAUAUUUGAGGUGUAGACUUCAUGGAUAUUAAGGAUAGGCCUUGGCUGUCCAUAUUUUUUUCUCACUCACAAACCAGUCACCGCACACUGGGGAGCGCAUUGGACGGAUGUGAGAAAUGCAGAAAGUCAAACUUGUCCUGAGAAAAAUAAUGACAGGUGAAAGUUUUGGAGUCAGUUUGCAAACUUGUUUGACACUGCAUGAGAUAAUAUUUCUUUUAAACAAGCAGCUCAAACAAAAAAACAGGGUAACAGAGUCAGUGUACAAAGACCUGAAAGCCAGAAGUACACUUGUACUGGGGCCUUGCAUUUGAUACGUUCGGCUGCUUCAUGAGUAUUAAAUGUUCACAAACUUGACUGUAGACCAUGUGUUCUGCUUGGUGGAUACCUGUAGAGGAGGCACAUGAGCUCAGGCUGUAUGCAACUACUGGAAUAAGGGAUGAAAACCAGACGUGGCUGAAGUUGCAGGGGUUUCUGUUAUGUGAAUUCUGGGUUUCAGUCUCCUAGUGACUAACAAAGUUUUAAGCCAGCUCAGACAACUGAUGACCAGUGGUCAGAUCACACACUGUAAGCACCAUCCCCGCUCAGUUUUUCAUCAAUCAGUAAGACUUUUUUGCAAAACACUUUUCAUGCAGCUAAAUAAAGCACAAAGUGUUGUAUGACAACAAAGAUGAAUAAAAACUACCAAAAUGUAAUAAAAAAAUAAGAAGUAAGGGACUGAAGAGCAGAGGAAACACUGGGUUCAUGAUGAGGAAACACUACAGGUAAAAUUAAGAAUGUUUAAACCAAAGAUAGGAAGUGUAUGAAAUAAUAUCAAGAGUAAAAAAAAAAACAGAUAAAAUUAAGAUAAUUAGCCAGCUCAUAAAUAAAACAAAACAACAAUAGGAUAGUAAAAACAUUAGGGAAUGAUUGGCAAUGUUGUAUCUCAUCGUUAUUUAUGUGAACAUAGAGUCAAAACUAGAGCCAGUCAAACUCACAAUGGGGCAUGUUUUCAUGAAUAACAGUGUCAUAUUUGUACUCCAUGUUCUGCCACAUACAGUCGUGGGCUGCCUUGAAAGCAGAUGCUGAGGAGUCCCGUGCCCAUGCAGCUCGGUUAGCCAUGGAAGCAGAGAGAGCCAGACAGGCAGAGGAGGAGGCACAGGGACAGGCUUCUCUGCUGCAGGAGGCGCUGGAGAGCUUAAGGAGUGGAGACAAUCCCCAUCUAGCACUGCACCAGCUGCAGCUACUACACCGGCUACCCUUGGAGUCAGUUCUCAGUUUGCAGGCUCAGCUCUGUAGCUGUCUACGCACCGUAGAACAGGUAAAAACCACCGACUUCUAAUGGCCUGACCAUGGUGUGUUUUAAUUUUUAUAGGAAUCAUGUUUUGACACUACAGCCUAAGUCCUGUUGCUAAGAAGCACUAAUUGGCAUAAAAGACCUGAGCGGCCUGGUAUUUAGUAAUGAAUGUCAUUUAGCCAAACAGACUUGGUAGUAAAGGAAUAUAAUAAUAAUAAUGUUUGUACAAGUGUAUAAUCAUCUGAACAACCCAGUUUGUCGGGAUUAUCGUAGAACCAGAAACUGUGUGUUCAGGGACUAGCCACAAAAACUGCACCUGAAGGAAAGAGAGUUUCUUAUUUUGCACAGUACAACCCUGGCUCUCAGGUUUUAACAUGUGCUCUCAGGUUGGCUCUCAGGACAGUCUUGGAAAUAUACACAUACAUAUAUAUAUAUAUAUAUAUAUAUAUAUAUAUAUAUAUAUAUAUAUAUAUAUAUAUACACACUCACCGGCCACUUUAUUAGGUACACCUGUCCAACUGCUUGUUAACACUUAAUUUCUAAUCAGCCAAUCACAUGGCGGCAAUUUAGUGCAUUUAAGCAUGUAGACAUGGUCAAGACAAUCUCCUGCAGUUCAAACCGAGCAUCAGUAUGGGGAAGAAAGGUGAUUUGAGUGACUUUGAACGUGGCAUGGUUGUUGGUGCCAGAAGGGCUGGUCUGAGUAUUUCAGAAACUGCUGAUCUACUGGGAUUUUCACGCACAGCCAUCUCUAGGGUUUACAGAGAAUGGUCCGAAAAAGAAAAAAUAUCCAGUGAGCGGCAGUUCUGUGGGCGGAAAUGCCUUGUUGAUGCCAGAGGUCAGAGGAGAAUGGCCAGACUGGUUCGAGCUGAUAGAAAGACAACAGUGACUCAAAUAACCACCCGUUACAACUAAGGUAGGCAGAAGAGCAUCUCUGAACGCACAGUACGUCGAACUUUGAGGCAGAUGGGCUACAGCAGCAGAAGACCACACCGGGUGCCACUCCUUUCAGCUAAGAACAGGAAACUGAGGCUACAAUUUGCACAAGCUCAUCGAAAUUGGACAAUAGAAGAUUGGAAAAACGUUGCCUGGUCUGAUGAGUCUCGAUUUCUGCUGCGACAUUCGGAUGGUAGGGUCAGAAUUUGGCGUCAACAACAUGAAAGCAUGGAUCCAUCCUGCCUUAUAUCAACGGUUCAGGCUGGUGGUGGUGGUGUCAUGGUGUGGGGAAUAUUUUCUUGGCACUCUUUGGGCCCCUUGGUACCAAUUGAGCAUUGUUGCAACGCCACAGCCUACCUGAGUAUUGUUGCUGACCAUGUCCAUCCCUUUAUGACCACAAUGUACCCAACUUCUGAUGGCUACUUUCAGCAGGAUAAUGCGCCAUGUCAUAAAGCUGGAAUCAUCUCAGACUGGUUUCUUGAACAUGACAAUGAGUUCACUGUACUCAAAUGGCCUCCAGAGUCACCAGAUCUCAAUCCAAUAGAGCAUCUUUGGGAUGUGGUGGAACGGGAGAUUCGCAUCAUGGAUGUGCAGCCGACAAAUCUGCGGCAACUGUGUGAUGCCAUCAUGUCAAUAUGGACCAAGCUCUCUGAGGAAUGCUUCCAGCACCUUGUUGAAUCUAUGCCACGAAGAAUUGAGGCAGUUCUGAAGGCAAAAGGGGGUCCAACCCGUUACUAGCAUGGUGUAACUAAUAAAGUGGCCGGUGAGUGUAUAUAUAUAUAUAUAUAUAUAUAUAUAUAUAUAUAUAUAUAUAUAUAUAUAUAUAUAUAUAUAUAUAUAUAUAUAUAUACCCCCGACCGGGGUGAUCAGUUCCCGGCCUGUGUCCAAGAAGCACUCAACCACUGCUUAUCCCUCUGGAUCCACAGCCAUUGCGAGGCUCUCUCUGCAGCCUCAGAGGCUGUAGAGAUGGCUCUCCUCUUCCGUGCCCCUGUGAUGCCCAGGAGACUGUAGGCCUUGCAGAGUGAUUUCCCUGCAAAGCCUCUUCCCCCCACCUCAAUCGGUAGGCAUCGUGCACGCCACCCCCGUGUGCGGCACUCCUCCACCAGCUCUGCAUAUUUCUCUCUCUUUCUCUCACUUGCUUCUUCCAUUCUCUCCUCCCACGGCACUGUUAGCUCCAACAUGAUGACUUGCUUGGAUGUCUCUGAGACUAGGACGAUGUCUGGCCUAAGUCUGGUUUCCACGAUGUUUUCAGGGAAUUUCAGUUGUUUUCCCAGGUCCACCCUUAGCUGCCAGUCCUUCGCUGUUCCCAGGAGGCCUGACUGGGCUUUAGGUCGGGGAGGUGGUUGAUCUCCAGCUCUUACAAAGGAGAUUUCACGCCUUGAUGGUUGUAAGCGUUUGCUCUGGAAGAUGGCAGCGUUGAUGGACUCAGCAACCGCCUUCAGCACACGAUCAUGGCGCCAGCGAUAGCGGCCAUCACCAAGUGCUUUAGGACAGCUGCUGAGGAUGUGCUCCAAGGUUCCUCUUCCUUGGCACAAGGGACAUGCUGGAGUUUCGACCUUGCCCCAACAGAAGAGGUUCGACGGGCUGGGCAGGACAUCAUAGACAGACUGAAUGAGGAAUUUAAUGCGGAGGGGUUCAGCCCUCCACAGCUCGUUCCACGAGAUUUUUCUGUCUGUGGCUUCCACCCAUCUGGUCCACGCGCCCUGUUGCCUCAAUCCCACCCACUGGCUUGCACGCUGCUCUUCAAUUCCGGCCCUCACCUCGAGCUGGACCUGGUCCCGCCUCUCCUUGCCCUUGAGCUUGUUGUACCGGGUUGUUGGAAUGGUUCCCAGUCCUGCACGGCCGGCAGCCACCGAUCCCACGAGGUCUCUGUGGCACAGCCGUGAUUCUGCCUGGUCCACAGCCUCCUUCGCUCUCCACUUUCUGCCAGUCCUCACCUCAAUUCCUGCUUGGGAAACCUUUGGGUCCUUGGAUUCCCUGUACUGGAGAACCUCCCUCGCUCUGGCAACCAUGAACUCCUCGGUGAGGCUGUUGAUGGGGAGAGUCAGCUUGUUCUUGUUGGCGUAAAGGGCGAUGCUGCUUAGGCUUCUGGGCAGACCCAACCAUCGUCGCAGGCAGCUGCUGACCCUCCUCUCAAACCCUUCCACAGUGGAGAUGGGAAACUCAUACACCAGCAAUGGCCACAGAAUCCUAGGCAGGAUGCCAUGCUGGUAUACCCACGCCUUGAAUUUCCCCGGAAGACCUGACUUGUCGACUGUGGUCAGCCAACUCUCCAGCUGUUCGUUGGUCGCCCUGAUGGAAGCGGCAUCCUUUAGGGAGCAGUCGAAGGUUUUUCCGAGGCUCUUCACGGGCUUCUCUGUGACUGAUGGAAUUUGGGUACCUCCUAGAGAGAAGUGGAACCGGUCACUCACCUUCCCUCUCUUCAGGACUAGAGACCUGGAUUUUUCAGGCUUGAAGCGCAUCCGGGCCCAGGUGGUCAGCCUCUCCAAGCCCUGGAGGAUCCAUCUGCAUCCUGGGACUGACACUGUUGUUACUGUCAGGUCGUCCAUAAACGCUCUGAUGGGGGGCUGACGGAUUCCGGACUUGGAUUUGGGGCCUCUGCACUCCGACUCGGCAGACUUGACCAGCAUGUUCAUGGCCAGGGCAAAGAGUAUCACUGAAAUGGUACAUCUGGUGAUGAUCCCUUUCUCCAGUCGAUGCCGUCCAGAUGUAACUGUGCCGGAGGUGAAUCUCAAGUUGAAGCUGUUGUAAUAGUCCAUGAUGAGGACUUUGAUGUUGCCAGGGACAUGGUGCCUCUCCAAUGCCACCUCCACUAGCUUGUGAGGUAUGGAGCCGUACACAUUGGCUAGGUCUAGCCAUAGUACAGCUAGGUCUCCUUUCCCCUCUCGAGCAUCCCUAAUCAAUUGUGUCACCACGCCACUGUGUUCAAGGCAACCUGGAACCCCUGGGAUUCCCCCUUUUUGCACAGAGGGGUCGAUGUACUGGUUCUUCAGGAGGUAGUCUGACAGCCGGUGGGAAAGAAUACUGAAAAAUAUCUUCCCCUCGACGUUAAGCAGUGAGAUGGUCCUAAACUGCUCGAUGGUGGUUGCCUUCUCUUCCAACCAUACCCAUACCCAUUCUGCAGAUCUCCAUUGUUGGGCAACCGUCCCCCUCCUCCAGAUCACCCUCAGGAUCUUCCACAGACGGUGCAGGAGCUUGGGGCAUCUCUUGUACACUAAGUAAGGUACACCAUUGGGUCCAGGUGCCGAGUUGUUUCUAGCAGCCUUGACCACCGUCUGGACUUCUUUCCAGCUGGGAACCUUGGUGUUUAAUUCAGUGGCUGGUACAGGUGGGUUGAUUAGGGCUCUGCAUUCACCUAGGUCCUCCUCCCGGGCUGCAUCACUGUAGGUGUCGUGAAGGUAGGUGUCUACUUCCUCCUUUGAGCAUGUGAGAUGGCCGCUGCACUUCUGGCCUAGUAGCUGUUUGGUGAACCCAAAAGGGUUCGCUAAGAAUGCAGCGCGUCUUUUGGCUCUCUCCUUAGCCCGCCUUCUAUGCCACUCUGCUCGGCGGAGGGUCAGCAGCCUCCUCCUAAGGACACCACGUAGUUCUGCCAGUCCUGGCUUCUCAUCCUCACUUGCACCCUUGAACUGCUUCUUCAGGUCUCGGAGUUCCUGUCGUAGCUGUGAGAUCUUUUCUGCCCUGCGGUUCUUGUAGUACUGGUUUGUGGCAGCACGCUUCUCCAUUGAUCCGAACCUUUCAGUGGCGAUGCUGAUGAUCAUGGUAGCCAUUGUUUGGAGUUUCCCGUCUGGCCCUCCUUUCAAGGUAGCUUCCAGGAUUCCAUCCACGUCAUCAUCAAAUUGCUGCCACUCACUCCCUUUGCUGGCUGGGGGCCACUUAACCCGCCGGUGGUGUUGUGGGAUGACUGGCGUUUGGGCUUCCAGGGCACAGAGGUUCUGGGCACUGUGGGUUGACUCCUGGCCCGGGUCCUCCUGCGUCUCACGAAGGACCUCUGGAGCACGUGGGUUCUGGGUGCUGCGGGUUUCUACCCGCCCCGGUUCCUCCUGCGACUCUUUGAGGUUGAUCCUUGAGCGCUGCUCUGGCUGCCUAUUCACCAAGCAGCCCAUCUUGGUCUGGUGGAUCUUCAGACCCUUUGGGUUUUUGCAGCUCUUUCUGCAUACACAUACAGCAUUCAUUGUCAAUUGUCCGUUUGCGUUGGUCGUUGCCUGGUUGACCGUCCGUUCGUGGUGCUCAUUCUCCCCCCCUCUCGGGCUCCCCUGGGGGUAUGUUUCUUUAGGGCUUUUUGUAGCUGAGUUUGGGUUCUUCCUCACGGAAGUUGCAGGUCGGGUUGCUGGCCCUUCCUGUCCCGGUUGCCGUCUUUCCGUGCUGUCUGCUGUCUCUCCAAGCUGUCACCACACUAUUCAUGGUCAUCAACCACUCUAUUCCUGGACGUCACUGGCCUAGCCAGAAUGACAUGGUUCUUACAUACAUCUAGUGAUGCGUUUCUUGGACACAUCUUCAGUGAUAGUGCCUGAGCUCAUCGGGGGUUUCGGGUAUAUAUAUAUAUAUAUAUAUAUAUAUAUAUAUAUAUAUAUAUACACGCACACAGAUAUAGAUAGAUAGAUAGAUCUUUUUGAUGGUAAAACCUGACAAAUAAAAUCUUAACCUCAUCAUGCACCAUGAGGGGUUCUUGUCCUCAAAGGCCAGAGUAGAUAAAUUACACCAUUAGCACCAUUCCCAACUACUUUUUCUGACAUUUCCUUCAUGUUCACAAUGGUCCCAGUAUUUCAAUUAUGAAGGCAAUCCUUAUUUUCCUAUUCAAGACAUAUUUCAUUGGCAUAUUUUGACAUUAUAAUCAAAAAACCAAACCAGGAUGCAUUUCCAAGAAGUCUUUCUAUGCAUCAUCAGCACACAGUAGAGGGAUGAGCAAGGAAGCAUUUCAGUGUAGAAUCUGACCACUAAAUUCUACCCAAUAUUUCCAUCUCUAUACUUGCAGUUUAGUUGAUGAAGUAAGAAAACAAUUUGCUUUUGAAAAAAUUGCAUUUAGUCAGACCAAGCAGCAACCUCAAGGAUGGAAGUCAGAACAAGUUUUAAAAACUGCAGUUCUUGAGUGGCCACUUGGGGCUGGCUCUUAAAGCUCCAAAAGGCACAUAUACAUCAAUUCUAAAAAUGCCUAAUUCCACAGUAAAGAUAAACAUAUCUACAGCUUGGUUCAAAAAACAGCCUUGGUCUGUAUAGCUCAGCUUUCUCUCUGCACACGGUAUGGGGGGUUAUUGUUUUAUGAAUAUAGCAAGUUUUAGAUAUGGUAAGAUCCAACAAGCAAUGUCACUGAGACUACGUCCAUCUUUUAUGCAGUCCAUUGAUGUGACUCAAAACUUACACAUGUUACACCAGAUAUUCUUAUCUUGACAAUAACAGCUUGCUUUAGCUACAGGCUCACCUAACAAAACAUCGGAUGUAAAAACAUGUGCCGGUAAGAUGAUAUAUUUCAGAAUAAAAUACUCCCUAUUACGUCCUGUGAGGGAGCCUUAUUCACUAAACUGAUGGACUUCAAGCUGUGAGUUCAGGAAUUUGCUCCUUUCACAGAAAAGCUAUCUUGCUCAAAGAUAUUGAACUUAUACACUCACCGGCCACUUUAUUAGGUACACCAUGCUAGUAACGGGUUGGACCCCCUUUUGCCUUCAGAACUGCCUCAAUUCUUCGUGGCAUAGAUUCAAUAAGGUGCUAGAAGCAUUCCUCAGAGAGCUUGGUCCAUAUUGACAUGAUGGCAUCACACAGUUGCCGCAGAUUUGUCGGCUGCACAUCCAUGAUGCGAAUCUCCCGUUCCACCACAUCCCAAAGAUGCUCUAUUGGAUUGAGAUCUGGUGACUCUGGAGGCCAUUUGAGUACAGUGAACUCAUUGUCAUGUUCAAGAAACCAGUCUGAGAUGAUUCCAGCUUUAUGACAUGGCGCAUUAUCCUGCUGAAAGUAGCCAUCAGAAGUUGGGUACAUUGUGGUCAUAAAGGGAUGGACAUGGUCAGCAACAAUACUCAGGUAGGCUGUGGCGUUGCAACGAUGCUCAGUUGGUACCAAGGGGCCCAAAGAGUGCCAAGAAAAUAUUCCCCACACCAUGACACCACCACCACCAGCCUGAACCGUUGAUACAAGGCAGGAUGGAUCCAUGCUUUCAUGUUGUUGAUGCCAAAUUCUGACCCUACCAUCCGAAUGUCGCAGCAGAAAUCGAGACUCAUCAGACCAGGCAACGUUUUUCCAAUCUUCUAUUGUCCAAUUUCGAUGAGCUUGUGCAAAUUGUAGCCUCAGUUUCCUGUUCUUAGCUGAAAGGAGUGGCACCCGGUGUGGUCUUCUGCUGCUGUAGCCCAUCUGCCUCAAAGUUCGACGUACUGUGCGUUCAGAGAUGCUCUUCUGCCUACCUUGGUUGUAACGGGUGGUUAUUUGAGUCACUGUUGCCUUUCUAUCAGCUCGAACCAGUCUGGCCAUUCUCCUCUGACCUCUGGCAUCAACAAGGCAUUUCCGCCCAUAGAACUGCCGCUCACUGGAUAUUUUUUCUUUUUCGGACCAUUCUCUGUAAACCCUAGAGAUGGUUGUGCGUGAAAAUCCCAGUAGAUCAGCAGUUUCUGAAAUACUCAGACCAGCCCUUCUGGCACCAACAACCAUGCCACGUUCAAAGUCACUCAAAUCACCUUUCUUCCCCAUACUGAUGCUCGGUUUGAACUGCAGGAGAUUGUCUUGACCAUGUCUACAUGCCUAAAUGCACUAAGUUGCCGCCAUGUGAUUGGCUGAUUAGAAAUUAAGUGUUAACGAGCAGUUGGACAGGUGUACCUAAUAAAGUGGCCGGUGAGUGUAUACAGAUACAUAUAACUUCAAACAGAAUUAAAAGCUGCUCUGGAGGAUCUGCCCCAGCUCUGUCGUCCCUGUAUGUGUUUGCAGAAAGACUUUAUGUUGGUACUUCACACUUUUCUUUUGUCUCAGUAGGUCUACAUGAGAGGUCUAAAUAUCUUCCUCUUUGUUUUGAAGGUGGUUUACAGAAAACAGAGACAGUGCUGUGUGACGUGUGGAGAGCAGGGCUCAGUGUCGCUGUCCUGUGGUCACGGACUUCAGUGUGAGAGCUGCUCCUCCUCCACAGAGUGCCCACUCUGCUCCGAACAGACCCUGGAGCAACCGCUUUCUUGACCCCACAACCCACUAGGACCACAACAGAUUCCAAACCAGUCAGUCCUGAUUCCUCAAAAACCAGCCUUGGACCUCAAUCGCCAGUCAAAGUCAUGUAGGGGUCAUUUGAUAAUGUGGUAACAACACUAGCACUGAUUUGGCUUUGUACUUUAAAGACAAUGAUUACUGAUUAGUGGUCAGUUUGAGUGAUUAAGAGAAAACUCCAGAUGUGGACUUGAGGAUAAAUUGUUUCAUUAAUCAGCCGUGCGUUUGACUAGUUCUCGCUUGUGACCAGCAACACUGUUUCUAUCCCUGUUCUUAUUGGUGAACAUAACUUAAAGACCUGUUGUUCAGUCUUCCUCAGUUACUAUUAAACAUUGAUAUUUACAGUUAGAUAAUAUUUUAACAUAUUCAACAGCACAAGCAAGCCAGGAAGAGUGCAUGUAUCUGGAGUGUUAUCCAUCCAUCUGGUCAGGGGCUUGUUAUUUAUUAUUCGCUCUUAUACUUUCAAAAGUUAUGGAUUGUUAUGCAUUAUUAUUCAACAGACUUCUGAUAAGAUUGGGAGGAUUUUUGGAGGCCCUCAGAGUCAACAGGGGUCACCCAAGGCACUUAAAGUCCACCCACAAGUAGACAUAUUAAACACACAGGAAUCCAGAUCAAAAAGCAAAUUGAUGUAAGUCUGCUGAGGACUCAAUCUAGAGAUUAUCUUAAAGCAGACCUGUAAUAUUCAUUUCAUCUUUUAUUAGGUAUGGGCUGAGAUUCGUGCCUCUAACACUGAAAUAGAAUAGUCAUGUUGAAUUUGAAAAGCAGGAUUUGAAUUUUAAAUUGAAAUUAACAUUUUAAAACUGAAUUUAUUUAGGCUACAUGAAAAUUCAAUUCUCUAUUUUCCUUAUAUUCAGAAAUAAGAAAUUCAGUUUCAGUUUGUACAAUUCAGAUUCAGUUUUGCAAUUCAGAUUCAGUUCAGUAUGAUACAGCCAUUACAGCAUUUAAGUCUGUGAAGAAGAGUGAUCAAGCACAAAUUCACACAGCUCCUAUUCGCAUCUGCCAAAACUCGUAAGUAAGAGCUGUAAAAAAGUAAUACUAAUAAUAAUAAUUAUUAUUAUUAUAAUAAGUAUUAUACAAGAAAUUUAAAAUACAAGAACUGAGGGAACACUAUCACAAGGGUUCAUGAGGAAACACAUUAGAAAUAUGCCUACAUUAGAAAAUUGCCUGUAAUUUAAAAAAAAAAAAACAGUUAGUGAUAAAAAAUUUGUUUAUUUAUUUAAAAAUUGUGUUAAUUAAGAAGUGAGGAAAAUAUGCCAAAAUACUGACACACCAUCCAUAGUAUUGCAGCUGCAUGGCUGAGGCUCUGACUUAGUUUGUGUCCAACCUCUUUUAACAAAAUGCGACAGAUCUAGUAGUUAUAUACUGUGAAUACAGACAAGCCUCAGCCCCUCUGCCUACAGUAACACAGCUAACAAAGGCCAUUUCUUUAUAUCGUCCUUUUACCCCUUGAUAGAGGAGGGGGGCAGAAUGAUAACAUUGUCCUGUUUAAUGAUUUUCCCACUUUGUUUUCAUUCUCAAUGACUUUAAUAUUCACGAUUAACAUACAAUGGCCAAGGAAAAUGCAGACUCUGUGCUCACUUUUAGAAGGCACCAGAACACAUAACCAUUGUGAAGCCACAGACCAUAAAGGAGUAUUGGCAGACAGGUAAAGGAGCUCUGUGAAUCUGUGCUCGAUUACUCUUCCUCACAGAUGUAGAUGAUGUAAUGGCUGUGCCACACUGAACUAAAAUGAAAUCAUAAAACUGAAUCUGAAUUUUGCGAACUGAAAUUGAAUUUCUUAUUUUUGAGUAGAACAAAAAUGAGGGUCAAACUUUCUCAUAGGUUAAAUACAAAUCCAAAGCAAAUAAAUUCAGUGUCAAAUCACUAAUUUAAAUUUCAAAGCUUGCUUUUUCAAUUCAGUGUAAUUAUUCAAUUUCAGUUUCUAGAGACACAAAUCUCAGCCUAUAUCCCGGACGCCAAAAGAGGAGACUUUUACAAUUCAGCCUCUGCCUGAAAUGGUUAAUUAUAGCUGCUUUUCCACUAAUAUACAUUUUAACACAGCUUGUGAGUGUCACUUUUUACACAACUUUGUCAUCACAAAAGGACCUGAAAGUGGCACCAGAUACAAAAAAACUCCAAGGCUAGCAUCUGGCACCUUUUUGAUCUUUAUUUAUGGUGCAAUCCAUUUGAUCAUUACAGGUAGAAAUUUCAAUAUGCUAGUCAGAAACGCCAUCAAGAACACCCCCUCAUAUCAAAAAUCCUACACUGAAACUUGGUGCAACUUCAGGUACUCUAAGCUGGAAAUUGAAGAUAGUUGCCCCCCUGCAUCAACAAUUAGAUAGCUUUAUUUAUUCAUUUAUUCUAAGGUUUAUUUUUGGGCUUUUUGCCCUUUUUUUUAGGAGGAUGGGUCAGCAAACAGAGAAGGGAAAUGGGGCCUCCAAAUGAUGGUGUUUAUUAUUUGUGUAGUUUAAUCAGUUAAACAGAUACCAUAGUGCACGUUUUAUCUGCGGUAAUGUUUCGCUUGUGCACAAACUAUCACACAGUCUGUCAUGGUUGUCAGGUUUUGCUAACAAUUAUACAAACAAAGGCAACUUUCUGACUUUGUUUCCAGCCUGUAACUGGAACAGAAUCAGCUCGGGUGCAUUUCCAGCCCUGACAUCCAAAGUGAACUGAAUGCACUGUAUGCCAUGUUUGCAAACAGUAGCUGUUGUCAGAUUAGCUUCUGUUCUCUUCCCCUUAGCUUAUGGCUUUGAUUCCUCUUUAGGGUCUUAGUAGGUGGACAGCCACAGGUUUCAAGUGAGAAUCAAAUCCAGCUCAUACUUUGUUUACAAAGUAGUCAUCAGUGAAGUGGAUUAACAGCUAGAUUGUGGCCGUUGUUUCGAAAACAUGCAACCUCACAUUCUUGUGCCUGUGUCUCUUGGUAGAGAAGUUACUGAGACUUUCUUAAAGAAACACUGUCAAAGUCAACAACAGACCAAAUAAGCAACGUGCAGAAUGGAGGAAAAAUCAGGCAGUGAAACAGACUUCCUCGCCUCUUUGUGGGGAAUCUUUGAGAGGGCUGCUAGGUUAAGUGAUCCUUUAGUAUUGUCCAGUACAACCUGAAAGCAGGCUUUAGAUGUGCUGAAACAAGCUGUUCAGUGCACCAAGAAAAUAUAUCUGGUAAUUAAGCUGCAAUGUUGUGUCAUAAUAUGACAUUUUAUUUAAGUAUAAAUAACCUGUAGUGUAAAAAUAUAUGUUGAAGCUACCGAGAGGAGUUCUUUAAAGUUUAUAAAAUAGACUGGAAUUCAUUUAGAUGCCUUUCCAUGAUAUCCAAAAGCAGUCAAGACCAUCAGCAAGAUGAUUUGCGAUUUUUAUAUCCUAGUUUUUUAUGCCAUAAAUCCGUUCAAUUUAUGUGUUGUUACAAUUCACACAUAAAAUGUUUACAACUAAUAAUAACUGUGACUGUUAAAAGUCAGCAGAGUGAGGUUUUUUGGCAGAAGACAAGACUUAAAAAUGUAGAAGACAAGGUAAGCAAAAGCAGAGGACACCAAGUGUCAAUCAUAGAAAACAUGAACCCCCUAAUAAACCUAAUCCUUAAUGAACCCCCCUAAUAAAAAUGGAGCUGCACAAAAAAAAAGAGGACUUGAACACAAACCAGUCUUACAAUAACUACAUGUCAACAUCACAACCAGAGGGGAGAAACAUUUAUAUUCUGUGUAAUUAAUUUCUAAAGUUUGUCUACAGCUCCAUUAAGUUUGCUGGUGGAGACAGGAUUUGUGACCUAUACUGUAGCCACCAGAAGUCCGCAUGGAAAAACGAGCUAAACCAGAUCCUUGUAGAUCCCCUUAAAACUGUGAAAUAGCCUACUGUGACUCUAUUUUGUGUCCGCUAGCUGCGCGGCACACCCCAAGCAUUUUGCGAUUCGCCUCGCUGAUGGCGCAUUUAAAGGUGAGGAGAACAGCUUGUAUGAUUGGUGAAAACAGGACUUGCGGCGUUAAACCUACUCUGCAGCGUUAAACCCACUCUACGCCUCCUCACCUCCCUCUUUCCUACUUGCGCCGCUGGAAGGAGCAGAGUUAGGGGGGUGGUGUACUUGUGCUUGGCUGCGCCACUCACCUAAUUAUCAAAGUGUGCUUGGGCACGCCCCAUCAGCGCUGCAGACCUGACUUGUGCCGCACCGGUGGCAUGGCAUGAAAAUAGUGCCGUAAUUUUCAGUAUUUGACAGUUUUGGAUUAGAAGAGGUGAAAACUUUUUAGGAUUGAGCACAAAACAAUCAUGGGUAACAUGUCACAAGAUGCAGGAGGCCUAUGUUUAGCAACUGAAAGCUCUAAAAGGUUCAUUUAAAUGUGAAAAAGUGAGGUCAAGAUGCACGAUAAAUCAAGCUCCUGUUGUACUACAUUUAAGACUUCAUCUUAUUGUAAUGGGUGAAAAUUAGAUUUCCAUCUGUUUAAGUUUGUACAUCAACCACCGCUUGUGCUGCAUUCAGUGCAUUCACUUCAUGACCACACAGACGUUAAUGUAAAACUGAAGUUUUCAGUGUCUAAUUUGAAGGUCUGUAACCUUCCCAGAUGGAUAGAUGACACAGCAGGUUAGCAGAGUUUAGUUUCUGAGGUUGAUGAGUUGUCCCAGCAUAAACAGGUCUGACUGAAAACUGGCAAAGGGCACAUCCGGUUUAAUCAAGACAAUAAUCCUACACUGCUACAGCCCAAAGGGAGCCUUCAUACCAGUCUGCUGGUAGCACUUGUCUAGAUUAUAUUGAGUUUUUUUAGUGAAACUCCAAUUCCUGUUGAAUAAAAACAGAAUUAUUUAAGACUUUAGUGAUAUUCUUUAAAGUUACAACAGAUGGCCUCUGUUAAAGCUCUCAGGUUUUCUCUUAUAUUCUUUUACAUGAACUGGAAGAGGAAAGCAUGUUAACACAAUCAAAGCAAAUGUACUCAGUCAACUUGUGUAGACUUUGAAAUAACAUUUUUUUAUUUUUUACUUAAACACUUUUCAUGUUAACUCAAACAUACAUCAAACAUAUAUAUUUUUGUUGAAAUCAACCCAUUUUGUUGUAUCUCAAAUCAACAUGUGACAUGUUUCUCUGCCAUAUUUUUACAGUUGUAGUAAACUUUGACAUUUCAGUGUGCCAGGACAUAGUAAAGUGGUAUCGUACUUAUCUCUUGCACUGAUUAGACAGAACAUUAGGAAGCGGACGGAUGUGUGAAGCUGUGUGAGGUUUAAAGGCAGACAUGAAAGUGUUCAUGAUCACUGUGAUGGUCUUUGGUCAACCAGUGUCCAGCAGUCUGUCCACACGCAAAUCACAGUGUUUCUUUCUGAGUGGACUUUUCUUUGUUUUUGGUACAGAUCAUUAAAACAAAUUGUAUAUUUUUGGAGGAA